CAAUCGAACCAACAAAACUUGGUUUUGUGAGAGCCGAAACCCUUCACUCUCUUCACCAACGUGGAACUUUCAGAGAUCACUGUCAAAUCAUGCUUAUUCUGUUUGUCAGCAAAUUCAGAUACAAAUAUCCCUAUUUCAUCCCAACAACCCCAUUUGUAGGCUUUCUUUGUUGUUUACACACUCGUUGUUUGUCUCCAUGUGCCAAGCCCAUCAAUUGGAACACGUCCCACGGCUUUGUUCGAAACAACCCCCUCCUUUCUCUAUUGGAAAGAUGCCAAUCCUUGGUCCAGCUAAGGCAAAUCCAGGCUCAAAUGAUCUUGGCAGGCUUGAUUGGCAAUGGCUUUGCUGCAAGUCGCCUUGUUGCGUUUUGUGCUCUCUCUGAAUCGCAAAACCUUGAGUAUUGCACCAAAAUAUUGUUUCAUAUUGAAGAACCGAAUGUAUUUUCUUGGAAUGUGACAAUUAGGGGAUAUAUGGAGAGUGGGAACUCAGAAGGAGCUAUUAUGUUGUACAAGAGACUGUUGCAAUGUGGUAUGUUGAAGCCGGAUAAUCAUACUUACCCUUUAUUGCUUAAAGCUUGUUCUUGUCCAUCUCUGAAUUUUGUUGGUCUUACUAUAAUUGGCCAUGUGUUGAAGUUUGGUUUUGAAUUUGAUAUAUAUGUGCACAAUGCAUUGAUCACUAUGCUGCUUUCGUGUGGAAAGCUGGAGGCAGCAUACGAUGUGUUCAAUAAAGGUUGUGUGAGAGACCUAGUAACAUGGAAUUCCAUGAUUACUGGUUGUGUUAGAAGAGGACUAGCAAAUGAGGCUAUAAAGCUCUAUCGGGAAAUGGAGGCAGAGAAAGUGAAACCAAAUGAAAUCACGAUGAUUGGGAUUGUUUCUUCUUGUUCUCAGUUGCAGGAUUUGAAUCUUGGGAGAGAAUUUCAUCGUUACGUCAAAGAACAUAGGAUCGAGUUGACAAUCCCUCUCAAUAAUGCUCUAAUGGACAUGUAUGUGAAGUGUGGGGACAUGUUAGCUGCGCAAGUUCUAUUUGAUAACAUGGCACAUAAGACCCUUGUUUCAUGGACUACAAUGAUUUUGGGAUAUGCCAGAUUUGGUUUUCUGGAUGUUGCUCGGGAGCUUUUAUAUAAAAUUCCAGAGAAGAAUGUUGUGCCAUGGAAUGCAAUCAUCAGUGGUUGCAUCCAAGCUAAAAAUAGUAAAGUAGCAUUGGCUCUAUUUCAUGAAAUGCAAAUUAGUGAAAUAGAACCUGAUAAGGUAACCAUGGUUAGCUGCCUGUCUGCAUGCUCACAACUAGGAGCACUUGAUGUAGGGAUAUGGAUUCACCAUUAUAUUGAAAGAUACAAUCUCCCUCUAGAUGUUACCUUGGGAACUGCACUAGUUGACAUGUAUGCCAAGUGUGGAAAUAUUGCACAGGCCGUCCAGGUUUUCCAAGAGAUUCCACACAAAAAUUGCUUGACCUGGACAGCCAUUAUUUGUGGUUUAGCACUUCAUGGUAAUGCUCAUGAUGCUAUAUCCUAUUUCGAAGAAAUGAUUCGUAUUGGCUUAAAGCCUGAUGAGAUCACUUUUCUUGGGGUCUUAUCAGCUUGUUGCCAUGGAGGUUUAGUUGAAGAAGGCCGCAAAUACUUUUCCCAAAUGAGCUCUAAAUUCAAUAUAUCCCCUAAGCUUAAACAUUUCUCAUGCAUGGUGGAUCUUUUAGGAAGGGCAGGUCAUUUGGAGGAAGCAGAAGUGCUCAUUAGAAAUAUGCCAAUAGCAACAGAUGCUGCUGUGUGGGGUGCUUUAUUCUUUGCUUGUCGUGUUCAUUGCAAUGUUCUAAUUGGAGAGAGGGCAGCUUUGAAGCUUCUUGAGAUGGAUCCUUACGAUAGCGGUAUUUAUGUUCUGCUUGCUAGCUUGUACAGUGAGGCAAAAAUGUGGAAGGAGGCAAGGAGUGCAUGGAAAGUAAUGAAAGAGAGAGGAGUAGAAAAGACUCCAGGUUGUAGCUCAAUUGAGAUUAAUGGCGUUGUGCAUGAGUUCAUGGCUAGGGAUUUAUUGCAUCAACAGGCUGAAUGGAUUUAUGAAUGCUUGGCUUCGUUGACAAAACAACUGGAGUUUCUUGGAUUUACAUUUGACAUUUCUGCUGAUGGAGAUAUUCUGUUUUCCUAAACUUGUCUGCCUGUUUGCUAUAUUUCUACUCAUUUAAAUACACUCUUCCCUGGAGAGCCUGAACCUAAUUUUCAUCCUAUCCCAUGGGCUUCAACCUUAGAAAAUGGAUGUAGAUAACAUGAAUCCAUGUCUCUCCAGUCUUGCUUCUCUCAUUUCAAUCUUCUUGUGCCCCUAUAUAUAACUUUUAAUUUCUUCAUUGCUGAAGAAUGCAGAGCUCAGGAGUAGUUGGGAGGAAGCUGACAUCGUGGAUUUUUUUUCUUUGCAUUGACCAGGGCAAUUCAGAACUGGAGUCACUAAAAGUCAUUUGCAAACAACUGCCAAAGUGGACAACAGUGAAAUGGAUUCAUACAGGGAGUUACCAAGAACUGCCCAAAUUCGCCUUGUGAGUUCGCACAAAGAGGUUUAUGAACCAUGUGAUGAUUCUUUUGCACUGGUUGAUGCUCUUCUAGCUGAUCGUAAUAAUCUGAUGGAGCAUCAUCCAUCUUUGUGCAUGGAGAUAGGCUGUGGUAGUGGAUACGUUAUUACAUCCCUAGCUCUUAUUCUCGGGCAGGAAGGUCGGGGCAUCAACUAUAUUGCAACUGAUAUCAACCCACAUGCAGUGAGAGUAACCCUUGAGACUAUGGAAGCACAUGGGGUUGAUGCCGAGUUGAUAGUAACGGAUAUUGCAUCAGGAUUAGAGAAGCGUUUAGCCGGGUUGGUUGAUGUUAUGAUUGUGAAUCCUCCUUAUGUGCCUACCCCUGAAGAUGAAGUGGGUGGUGACGGUAUUGUGGCAUCUUGGGCUGGUGGCGAAAAUGGCCGGAGUGUAAUUGAUAGAAUUUUACCCGUUGCAGACCAUCUUUUGUCAGAAAAGGGAUGGUUGUACUUGGUCACCCUCACUGCAAACAAUCCUUCUGAGAUAUGCCUUCAAAUGAGAAAGAGAGGAUAUGCUUCCAAGAUUGUUGUCCAAAGAUCAACAGAGGAAGAAAGUCUCCAUAUCAUCAAGUUCUGGCGUGAUUUGGAUAGUGAAGUAAAUGAAGACCAAUCUGCUUCUGGGUUCAUAAGCUCCUUGCUUGCACAAAUUCCUUUUUUAUCACAUUGGCGAGGCAGCAACGGUGACGAAAGUGUUGAAUGAGAAAGUAAUUUCUUGUCUAGGAGUGCUAGGAACACACUCUAAUACUUCUAGUUAUUGGUUAUAAUUUAUUGAAAAUUAAAAAAAUACGAGAGUGAAUCAUUAAAUCAGGAAUGAUAAUUAUAAAAUUAAGGAGUUUUACACAAUUUUAAUAAAUUUUAAUCAAUAGUUAAGAGUGUUAGAAAGU